AGGAACCGGAAGUCUGGGUUAUAAAGUAAAGGAAGCCGAACCCUCAGCUGGGUUUUCGUCUCGGGUUUGCUCCGCAACAGCUUAAAGCCCCGUCUCGAAGCGGUCUUCUGGCCGAGCUUCGCCUUCGCCAUGGCCCUCAGCGAUGCAGACGUACAGAAGCAGAUUAAACACAUGAUGGCUUUCAUCGAACAAGAAGCCAAUGAGAAGGCAGAAGAAAUUGACGCAAAGGCAGAAGAAGAGUUCAACAUUGAGAAGGGUCGUCUUGUGCAAACCCAAAGACUGAAGAUUAUGGAAUACUAUGAGAAGAAAGAAAAACAGAUUGAGCAGCAGAAGAAAAUUCAAAUGUCCAAUCUGAUGAAUCAAGCAAGACUCAAAGUCCUCAGAGCAAGGGAUGACCUCAUCGCCGAUCUGCUAAAUGAGGCAAAACAGAGACUCAGCAAGGUCGUGAAAGAUACAACCAGAUACCAAGUGCUGUUGGACGGGCUGGUCCUCCAGGGUUUGUACCAGCUGUUGGAGCCGCGGAUGAUUGUGCGAUGCAGAAAACAAGAUUUCCCUCUGGUGAAGGCUGCAGUACAAAAAGCAAUUCCUAUGUAUAAAAUUGCCACCAAAAAAGACGUCGAUGUCCAAAUUGACCAGGAGGCCUACCUGCCUGAGGAAAUAGCUGGUGGAGUUGAAAUCUAUAAUGGGGAUCGCAAGAUAAAGGUUUCCAACACUCUGGAAAGCCGGCUGGACCUCAUAGCUCAACAGAUGAUGCCGGAGGUCCGGGGAGCCUUGUUUGGUGCAAAUGCCAAUAGGAAGUUUCUGGACUGAGCCUGGGGAGGUGCAGUUCAUCCGAGGCUGUACUCCUGGAGCAGCACAUAUCUGUGUGGCUUCCCCUUUCUGUUCUAAUCCUGGCAAUCACUGGAUCCCCUCUGCAGCUAAUGCCCAAUGUCAACAGAAGGGAGGGCCACGUGGUGUGGGCAGGAACCCAGCCCCAGCUCAUCUGACACUACAGCCAUGCACUGGUUCUGCAGCAGGACUUGAGGGGUCAGAUGGUGCCGCAUGGCCCUCACCACGGAAGGACCUAUUCUCCCUGCUCCUAGUCUAGUCUAGAGUGAGUUGUGCAUGCUGUCCCCUGCAUUGGUGUCAUGUGCAUGUGGGGCUUGCAUUCCUCCAGCAACACUCGCUUCACUGUUACUGUUUGGGUCUAGUUGUCCUCAUCUGUAAACGUGAUCUAAAAUCUAAGCCACAAAUACUCUUUAUUUAUUAAAACAAAAAGUUGAUGUGGA